CCUGGCUAGCUCCCUCUACCCCUCUACCCGCUUUCCUUCCAGUAGACCCCCCCCCACCAGCCUCCAGUUAUAGCCUCCCCCCACCCCCACCUCCUCUUUGCCUUCUAGAACUUCUGGAAGUUUCCAACUGGAGGUUUCUGCUAGCAGUUGGUCCUGGGCUGGCUGCCAUGGCUUCUCCCUGAGUCGGGGUCCCACUCAGGAUGGCAGCCCCGGCGCGGACCCCUCGGUCACGGAUCUUAGGCUGCUCCUCCAUGCUGCGCUUUCUCCGAAACCUGGUGGGGAGUAAGGGCGGUUCUAAGAGCACUAACAAGCCCCUGACCAGGAGCCAGCCCAGCUCCUCAUGGGAGCAAGAUGUUGUCUCCCCAAUGAUGGGCCACCAGGGAGGUCGUGGGAGGAAGGAGCCCCGGGCCAAGGUCCACUCUGCAGCUUCCUCUAAUGGGAAGAGGGAGCCCCCGCCCAGGGUUCUCUCUGCAGCUCCCUCCAACCCGAGGCAUGAUGCCUUUGAGCUGGGCACUGGGGACUCAGGGUCCCAGACCCUCACCUCCAAGGAUGUCCCGAAGCUAAGGGCCCAGGGUGUUGAGGUAACAUCAGUUCCUCUCAGAGGAACCUGGGAGGUUCUGGAGCAGCUACCUGAGAAGAAAGGAGAGGAGGAGGAGCCAGUAGGGGAGGUCUCCGGGGCCUCAGACAGGGAGCAUUUUGGCCAGGCCCUGGAGACAGAACAAGGAUGCUUACAGUGGGUUCCGGGACCACUGGCGCUCACCCCUGGGGCCUUCAUCAAGGAGGAAGAGGAUGAACACUGCCCAAUUGAGUUUGGAGACCUCAAGCCGUCCUCUUGCAAGGUGGGGUCCACCCCGUGGAACUAUCUCCUUGGCUUGUACAAGCAGCUCCAGAAGUCAGCCAUGGCCAAGGCUCAGAGACCAGCUGCGCCUCAGUUGGCUCUCAAGGAUGGCUUGCCCCACGAGGAGAAAGGGGAGAGAGAAGAAGCGGUGGAUGAGAGCUGUCCCAAGUGGUGUGCCCCUCGCGCCUCUAGCGACGAGAGCUGUCCCAAGUGGUGUGCCCCGCGUGCCUCCACCUACCAGUCGCCGCUGCAAAAGAAGUUUAGGUCUACAGAUACAGUGGGUUUUGUGGAGUCGGAGCUGAAGAAGAUUCUGUCAGUGCAACGAGAGGCUCGCCUCUGGAAGGUGGGCAACCCCGAGGGCCGGGAGCUGCUGACCCAGCCAGACAUCACACUGGAGGAGGCUGGCAUGGUGGACGGCCAGCACCUGCUCCUGGAGGAGAUGGACGAGAUGGGAAACUGGCCCCCUCCAGAUUGAGGCCCGUGCCGGCAGGAGCCCACCGUGCCCACACUCCUGGGACCCCAGUCUGGCGUGUGCCUCUUCUUGGGACACAUGCAAGGAGUCCCUGGGGCCCUGGGUUUUGGGAUGAGUAGCAUCCUGUGUGUGUGCGGUUGGCCUGCCUGGCACUGUCCCUACCCGUCAGACUCCUGCAGAUGACGUUAUUAAUAAAAGCUUAGUUUGGCAUUCAC